ACUGCCUCGCACGCUAUGGCAAAUGCAGGAAAACAAAUGAUGUAUAUUUUAAAUGUGCCCGAAGAGGAGGCCAAAUGCACCGAAUCCCAGUUGGAUAUAUUACUGAAAAUCCACGAUGGCCAAUAUCGCCUCGUGAAGAAGAACAAACGCAGCUCCGUGUGGAAUGUGUACCGUGAAAUUGCACGACCCGAUGGCACCAAGCUCAAGUGGAGAUAUUACUGCCUGGGCUGUAAGCGGGUAAUGCAAUCCACUGGAGGUACCACGUCCAAUCUGCGCAUCCACAAGUGCCAUGUACGCUACCUGAAGCAGCACGGCAAGGACGAUGAGUUGCCCAAAUACCAACGGAUAGCCAGUCGCCACACAAUGCAACGAAUGCCAGCAACAAAUACAGCGAACAGAAGACAAACUCAAACCUACGACGAGGAUAGCGAUGAACCAGAGGCGGAAGCGGCAGAAGAGGAGGAAGACUAUGAGGAGAGUGAGUUGAGUGGCCGAGCCGGCCAAACGGCAUAUGUGUCAAUUCAGCAGUUGGAGCAUAUGGAUGCAUCAGCGGAAAUCUCAUUCAAUGCAGCUCCCAAUGAGCCGAGGCCACUUUUAAAGCUCUUCUCCGAGGACGAAUCGUGGUCACCCGAAACAAUCGAGGAGCAACAGACGCUAACUCAGCAACAGCCACAUUCGCAUCAGCAACAACAGUCACAUCAGCAGCAGGCGGCUAUUGUGGAAAUCGAUCCUGCGACGGAGGAUAGCUCGCAGGACUUUAGCAAGGAGACAAUUCACCCCAAUCCCACGCACACCAUGCAAAUCGAUGCAAGCGCCUUGUCGGAGGCGGAGAGCUAUGCACGCGCGUGGGCCCACACAUUUCUCAAGCUGAGCGAGGAUCAGAAAUUCUAUGCAAAGCGUUCGAUUGAUGAGCUCCUCGUUUUGGGCCGUUUGGAGCGAUUGAAUAUCUCAACAGUUACAUCACUGACGACCAAUUUAUAGAAAGUCGCCAGCGAUUGAUAUUAAUUUUAAUAAUUUAUAUAUCACAUAAUCAGCCCCACAAUUAAAAAUGUAAUGUAUUAAAGUUUGAUCUAAGCUCGCUUUUCAACACUGAAUUAGACAUUAAAAAAAAACCUAACCUUAGUCGAAAAACAACUGAUAAAAUCCAAGUGUUUCGUUAUCGUCAAAACAUAGUUUCUUAUCAGCAUUUCUGUCAAUAUUUGUUUAAGAAAUCUGUAAUUGGAAAAAACAUUCGCUAAUAAAUUAAAAGUAAGCAAUGCUCAAAAUAUCAGAAAGGUUUCUUAUUUGUCUGAAAAAUGUAGACUGUUAUAUGAAAUGUAUAUGUAUAAUAAACUGCAUUUUUUUGUA